ACUUACACAUGUAUUCACAAAUGUGUGCAAACUAAACCCCCAUUUUCAACACAAACUGUUAGACAGGACCAGGGGUGGACUGACAACUCAUGGGGCCCCCGGGCAAUAAGGGAUCAUGGAGCCCCUGUGUCCUUGCCCAAAUUCAAAAAAGCCUAUGAAAAAGGUACCAGGGGGCAUUUCAUGGGGCCCCCUACUGACCCCAGGCCCUCGGGCAGUGCCCAAGUGUUCGAAUGGUCAGUCCGCCCCUGCGUACUACUA